GAAAGUCCCCGGUCGAGGUUAUUUUUAACAGUGACGAUCGCAUACGUGCGUGUGGAGAGCCAUGGAGACGGAGACGGAGGCGGCAGAGGAAUACCGAGCAAACUACGCUAUGAUGAACACGAUCAAAGGCAGACACGGAGAUGCCUCUUUACCUAGUGUGGGCUAGGGUCGUCGACCAUGGCAUGAUCUAAACGAGCAUCAACUCUAUUCACAUCGCAAGGACGGGAAUACCACUAACUCGUUUUCAAACUAUCCAAUCCUGUGGUUCGAACAGGGAGUAUCUCCCGUCAGGUCAGGUCAGGGCAGGGCAAGGACGGAGUGCCACCCCAUACAAUAAGAGAGUCAUUUUAUCUCCUCCUAUUAGUUGAUGGAGGGCAUGGGGCCCUGCCGAUGUCGUGGAUCAGUAUUAUGACCAGGCUCAGGGGUUCCCCUCAUUCCCCAGACGCACCGAUUAUGCAGCAGGACGGCUUAUACUCUUCCUUGGGUGGCGCUUUCUUUUUCAUUUACUCAUGUGCAGAUAACUGCUCAGGGAAACGAGUCUGCCACGUCUGGCAAACCCUUGCUCGAAGAUAUCUUAUCACAUGCUUUAAUGGUGCCUCUUCGGUUAGGAUAAGGGAACAGUGCCUUCAAUUCAGAAAUUCAGAGAAGGAAAAAGCGUGCCUGGUGUGGAAAUGCCAUUAUUUGAAAUUGUUCGGCCAACAUAGCUGUUAGUGUUUACAAGGAUUGCCUUUACAGGGUCAGGCAUAAUGCAGCAUCAUUCGCGGAAUCAGUAUCAAGAACUGAAGGGAUAGGAGAGAAAAAGCGUCCGGUCAGGUCGGGAUAGGCUAGGCUAUGCAAAGCAAGAAUGGCAUGAGGGGACUCAAGGAGAAAUAACAAGAUGGUCAUCUGCUUUCCAAACUAGACUUACUCCCCUGCUUAGCCUCUAUGCACAACAAGGAGAAGAAAUAAGAAAUAAAAGGCGAAACCCUCAGGUAUGAGCGACUCGAUAAACGCCAAAGCUCAGGACAAAGCUAGAGAAGAAAGGGAGAGAGUAAAAUGAAACCUGCAGACUUGGAUAUG